AUAACUUUGAUUUCCACUUCAAAUUUCCUUUGAAGUCAAAAAGUAGGAAGCUUGUAAUUAUAUUUUCUUCCCACUUCCAUUUUCUCCAACUCUUGGUAUAGGAAGAUGCCAUAAAUAGUCAAUUAGAAAAGGGGGAAGGUUGGCUUCACGUAGUAUGAAGCAUAGUGGCCCUCACGUCAAUGAGAAGUUCAACUCAACUAAAUCAAUAUACUAUAAAUACAAUCCCCUUCCAUUAUCUCCUCAUCCUAAAUAGUCAUCUUCCUCAAGUCACAGAACUCUAACCACCUUUCCAACAAUUAUGGAGAGCAGAAAACUCAAGAUUUUCAUCUCAUCCUGCCUGCUUCUCUCUUUGUCCUUCCCUUCAGUCACCAUGGCCGAAGAAAUCCCCAAAAAAACAGAGGAGAAGACAGCAGCAGUGGUGGUGGAAGGCAUGGUCUACUGCCAGAGCUGUGACCAGUUUGGAUCAUGGUCCUUAACUGGGGCUGAGCCUAUCCCUGCUGCUAAAGUCAGUGUCAUCUGCAAAGACCACAAGGAUCAAGUCAGCUUCUACAAGGCUUUUGAGACCGAUGGGAACGGUUACUUCUAUGCUGAACUUGAUGGCUUCAAGAUGAGCCAUAAUAUUCUGGAUCAUCCCCUCCACUCAUGCCAUGUGAAGCUUGUUUCCUCGCCUCUUGAGAACUGCAACCUUCUCUCCAAUGUCAACUAUGGUCUCUAUGGUUCCCCACUUCGCUAUGAGAACAAGAGAUUGUUUGGGAAGCAUUAUGAGGCUGUGAUCUAUGCUGCAGGUCCCUUGGCUUUCCGUCCUGCUCAUUGCCCUCCAAAGACUCAUGACUGAUUUUAUUACCAUUUGUUUGUAAGCUUCGCAUUGAUGUUCAGUCAGUUUCCUUCCAUUUUUUUUAGCUCCUGUUGAUUCAACAGUUCCUUUCCAAACAAGUUGGGAUUUUGUUUUCUUCUUGAAUAAACUGGAUUCAAUUGUAGAAAA